CGCCCCGGUGCGGUCGCGCAGCCGCGGUGCGGGAGGCGGCGCAGGGCGCGGUGCGGGCGGAGCGGGGCCCGGGGUCGUGUCCUGCUGCAGCCGCUGAGCGCCCCCUCCCCGCCCCGCCAUGCACGGCCCCCGGGACCCCGGGGCCACGGCCCCGCCGCGGGACUUCGGCGGCAUCGUGCAGACCUGCAGCGCCAACGUGCAGCGCCUGGCGCAGUGCACUGCUCAGAUAAAGAAUUUGAUGAGCCAGCUGGGAACCAAGCAGGAUUCCAGCAAGCUUCAGGAGAACUUACAACAGCUACAGCACUCUGCAAACCGCCUUGCCAAAGAGACCAAUGAAUACCUGAAGGAGUUGGGGUCUCUGCCACUCCCUCUGUCUGCUUCUGAGCAGCGCCAACAGAGGCUUCAGAAAGAACGUUUAAUGAAUGACUUCUCCACGGCCUUAAAUAACUUCCAGGCGGUACAGAGGCGAGUGUCAGAGAAGGAAAAAGAGACUGUAGCAAGGGCGAGAGCUGGCUCCCGUAUCUCUGCUGAUGAGCGGUUCAGAGAAGAACAGCUUGUUUCAUUUGAUAGUGGUGAAGAUUGGAACCAAAUGCAGUCUCAGGAAGAAGAUGUGGCAAUAACUGAACAGGACCUUGAACUCAUUAAAGAAAGAGAAACAGCAAUCAGGCAAUUAGAGGCAGAUAUUUUGGAUGUCAAUCAGAUAUUUAAGGAUUUAGCCAUGAUGAUUCAUGACCAAGGAGAUAUGAUUGAUAGCAUAGAGGCAAACGUGGAAAGCGCAGAAGUCCAUGUGGAAAGAGCCAGUGAGCAAUUGCAGAGAGCUGCCUAUUACCAGAGGAAAUCCCGAAAGAAGAUCUGUAUCCUGAUCCUUGGUCUUGCUGUGGCUUCUGUAAUCAUAGGACUCAUUGUCUGGUGGACAGAAAAAUGAAAUCUUCGCGUGGAUCGUAGUCUCAUUGCUGAGAUUUUUUUUUCCCCUCAGAGCGAACAGGCUGACUGGUCUUGGAAAUGAAAUGACCACCUGAGAGAGCACAAGCUGGAACUACUUCUAGUAAUAGAUAUUAGCAACUAAUGUGCAGAUAACUAGUAUUUGGAAUUAGUGAACCAUGGAGACAGUAUUUAUCAGUUUAUAUACAAAUUAUAUUGUUUUAUGUAACUAAAAUCUUGUCAUUUUCCUUUCUGUAAUGUAUCAUUCCCUGUCCCAACUAUGCUGAAGUGUGAAUUGGAGAUGUCUUGUUUUUGACAAGUGGCACAACUUUACCGUUCCUUGUGUAUAGGUAACUUUGUUGGACUGGAAUAAGAAUGACAUUCAAAGAGGGCACAACACCGACUCGCAUUACCUUAACCCAGCACUUUCUAAAGUCUCCAGUAACUGCCCCAUGGUUUUGUUGGUCUCCAAGUGGCUGUGGUUCCAGAUUCUCUUGAAGAGAAAGAUGUUACAGGUUUGAAAGGCAAGAAGUAGCGUGCAUGGGCGAUAGCUGGAACCACUGUGUGCUGCUCAGUUUAGCCUUGAGAUUUGUAGCUUGUUUAAUUUUCUGAGCGUGGUUGGGGUUGUGUUUUUCCAAAAUACAUCCUUUGAGGACAGGAUGUUCUUGACUUACAAUCUAACAGCGCCACUUCCUUAGAGAAACUAGCUGGUGGUUUGUUAUUGGACAAAUGGAUAUCUUCCAAUGCUGACUCUCAAGCUCUAGAAAUACAAAGUUCAGCUGCUUGCUCCUAUUGUUUUCAGAAGUUUCCAGGGAGAAAAAUCACAAAAAGUUGAGGAAGUAGGCACUUGAGUUUACAAGCUAGCGAGAUAGAUGAGUAUUAGCUUCUAUCUUACUUCUGAAGAAGUACUCUUGAAGCCCACUUGUAGUAUACUAGUAAAUAAUGUGUGUGGCUUUGUGAACAUCUGAUAUUUUCCAUUCUUUGUGAAACAAAGUGCACAAACUGGCUGAGAGGAGUGCUAGGUUGGUCAGACUGAGGAUGUGCAUGCAAGUGAAAGAGAUCGCUGGUUCCGACUGUUAGCUGGUAGAGCUGGACAAGAGCGUAGCAGCCAAUCCCCGCUUUGAUGUAGCUCUGAACUGACACGCACUGCAGGAGCAGGAGUCUGUCGAAACCCAACGGAGUGGGGUACAUGCAGCAUACUGACCCAUUUUGUAUUUAAUCCUUAUUCCAUGUCUCCUGUAUAAUAAAGUAAAUGUGAAAAGCUGGGAAGGGAGUCUGUUCUCCCAAUUACACAGUGGUUUGCACUACCGCGCCAUCAUUCCAUCUAAUACCCAUCAAUAAACACUUCAGAAACUA